AUGGAAUCAUUGCUUGGGCUCCUGGCACUGCUGCUGUUGUGGGGCACUGUGGCUGAGGGCCCGGCCAAGAAGGUGCUGACCCUGGAGGGGGACCUGGUACUGGGUGGGCUGUUCCCAGUGCACCAGAAGGGCGGCCCGAUGGAGGACUGCGGCCCUGUCAAUGAGCACCGUGGUAUCCAGCGUCUGGAAGCCAUGCUUUUCGCACUGGAUCGCAUCAACCGCGACCCUCACCUGCUGCCUGGUGUGCGCCUGGGUGCACACAUCCUCGACAGCUGCUCCAAGGACACACACGCCCUGGAGCAGGCACUGGACUUUGUACGUGCCUCGCUCAGCCGCGGUGCUGAUGGCUCACGUCAUAUCUGCCCUGAUGGUUCUUAUGCUACCCAUGGUGAUGCCCCCACUGCUAUCACGGGUGUCAUUGGCGGCUCCUACAGUGACGUCUCUAUCCAGGUGGCCAACCUCCUGAGGCUAUUUCAGAUCCCACAAAUCAGCUAUGCCUCCACCAGUGCCAAGCUGAGUGAUAAGUCCCGCUAUGACUACUUUGCCCGCACGGUGCCCCCUGACUUCUUCCAAGCCAAGGCCAUGGCUGAGAUUCUUCGCUUCUUCAACUGGACCUAUGUGUCCACUGUGGCAUCAGAGGGCGACUAUGGCGAGACAGGUAUUGAGGCCUUUGAGCUAGAGGCCCGUGCCCGCAACAUCUGUGUGGCCACCUCGGAGAAGGUGGGCCGGGCCAUGAGCCGUGCAGCCUUCGAGGGCGUGGUGCGAGCCCUGCUGCAGAAGCCCAGUGCCCGCGUGGCCGUCCUGUUUACCCGUUCUGAGGAUGCCCGUGAGCUGCUGGCUGCCACCCAGCGCCUCAAUGCCAGCUUCAUCUGGGUGGCCAGUGAUGGCUGGGGGGCCCUGGAGAGUGUGGUGGCAGGCAGUGAGGGGGCUGCUGAGGGCGCCAUCACCAUCGAGCUGGCCUCUUACCCCAUCAGUGACUUUGCCUCUUACUUCCGGAGCCUGGAUCCCUGGAACAACAGCCGGAACCCCUGGUUCCGUGAGUUCUGGGAGCAGAGGUUCCGCUGCAGCUUCCGGCGGCGAGACUGCGCAGCCCACUCUCUACGGGCCGUGCCCUUUGAGCAGGAGUCCAAGAUCAUGUUUGUAGUCAAUGCAGUGUAUGCCAUGGCCCAUGCACUGCACAACAUGCACCGUGCCCUCUGCCCCAACACCACCCACCUCUGUGACGCGAUGAGGCCUGUCAACGGGCGCCACCUCUACAAGGACUUUGUGCUCAACGUCAAGUUUGAUGCACCCUUCCGCCCAGCUGACACCCACAAUGAAGUCCGCUUUGACCGCUUUGGUGAUGGUAUUGGCCGCUAUAACAUCUUCACCUAUCUGCGGGCAGGCAGCGGGCGCUAUCACUACCAGAAGGUGGGCUACUGGGCAGAAGGCCUGACUCUGGACACCAGUCUCAUCCCAUGGGCCUCACCCUCAGCAGGCCCCCUGCCCGCCUCUCGCUGCAGUGAGCCAUGCCUCCAGAACGAGGUGAAGAGCGUGCAGCCAGGUGAGGUCUGUUGCUGGCUCUGCAUCCCGUGCCAGCCCUAUGAGUACCGGCUGGACGAGUUCACCUGCGCUGACUGCGGCCUGGGCUACUGGCCCAAUGCCAGCCUGACUGGCUGCUUUGAGCUUCCCCAGGAGUACAUACGCUGGGGUGAUGCCUGGGCUGUGGGACCUGUCACCAUCGCCUGUCUGGGUGCACUGGCCACUCUCUUUGUGCUGGGAGUCUUUGUGUGGCACAAUGCCACGCCAGUGGUCAAGGCCUCAGGUCGGGAGCUCUGCUACAUCCUGCUGGGUGGUGUCUUCCUCUGCUACUGCAUGACCUUCAUCUUCAUUGCCAAGCCAUCCACAGCAGUGUGCACCUUACGGCGCCUCGGUUUGGGAACUGCCUUCUCUGUCUGCUACUCAGCCCUGCUCACCAAGACCAACCGCAUUGCACGCAUCUUUGGCGGGGCCCGGGAGGGUGCCCAGCGGCCACGCUUCAUCAGCCCCGCCUCGCAGGUGGCCAUCUGUCUGGCACUUAUCUCUGGCCAACUGCUCAUUGUGGCCACCUGGCUGGUGGUGGAGGCACCGGGCACGGGCAAGGAGACAGCCCCUGAACGGCGGGAGGUGGUGAUAUUGCGCUGCAACCAUCGUGAUGCAAGCAUGCUGGGCUCACUGGCCUACAAUGUGCUCCUCAUUGCGCUCUGCACGCUCUAUGCCUUCAAGACUCGUAAGUGCCCUGAGAACUUCAAUGAGGCCAAGUUCAUUGGCUUCACCAUGUACACCACCUGCAUCAUCUGGCUGGCAUUCCUGCCCAUCUUCUAUGUCACCUCUAGUGAUUACCGGGUACAGACCACCACCAUGUGCGUGUCGGUCAGUCUCAGUGGCUCUGUGGUACUCGGCUGCCUCUUUGCGCCCAAGCUGCACAUCAUCCUCUUCCAGCCUCAGAAGAACGUGGUUAGCCACCGGGCGCCCACCAGCCGCUUUGGCAGUUCCACUGCCCGGGUCAGCUCCAGCCUCGGCCAAGGGUCUGGCUCCCAGUUUGUCCCCACCGUCUGCAACGGCCGUGAGGUGGUGGACUCAACAACAUCGUCACUUUGA